AUCAGGCGUCCACCUGCUCUCGAUGAUAAUGAGAAAAAUGCACUUAUAAACGAAGUUAUACAAGAUCGAUACGAACCUUUACAUGAAGUUAUUAAUACACAAGAAAAGCAUUUAUUAGCUCAUAUUAGUUGGUGUGAUAAAUAUAAAGAAAAAACAGCUUAUGAUUGGGCACAAGUUAUUUUCUCAGAUGAAUCUAGUGUUGAUAUUGGCAAGCAGUCACCACAAUUAAGAGUCUUUCCAAGAACUGUGGCUAAACUUAAAGUUGCACUAAGCGAAGAAUGGGAAAAUUUGGAUUGCUCCAUUUUUGAAGAGGUUGUUGCUUCAAUGCCACAAAGAAUAAAUGCAGUACUAGAAGCUAGGGGAGGGCCAACACAUUAUUAA